CCGCGCGGCCGCCUCAGAUACACUCCACCCUUGAACGCAUCGAGCUGAGCCUUGCUUUCUCGUCAUGAAUUUAUUGAUUUUAUUAUUGAUAGCAUUGCCAGCAUGCUUGGCACAAUUCUCCAUACAGGGACCUAGUGACGGGAAUCGGGUUGCCCAGGGUUUAAGAAUAGACGAAGGGAAAGGAAUCGAAUAUACGAACCAGAAUGAACCACAGGAUAGUGGGUUUAGUAUUCAGGGUGCAUCAGAUGGCAAUGCCCAAAUCCAAGGUGGGAGCGACGGCCAUAGUAAUUUCCAACUUCAGGGUGCCCACCACGGUGGUGCGGAGAGAUAUUUUCAAGGACCUACCACAGGAGAGUAUAACAUCCAAGGAGCAUCCGAUGGAAGCAAUCAGUACAUAAUCCAAGGUUCAUCCGAUGAUGGUUCUACGAAAUCUCUUCAGUACAAUGAUCCUAGUGGAUUAAGGGUGAAUUGGAGAUCGUAUGAUCGUCAACGACGACCACGGCCGCAACAGCAGGAAAGUCAAUACGCGGAAGCGCCUGUUCAAUCUUUGCCAAGAGCAUCGCAUCGACAGAGAGCUCAAGCUCCACGUCGACCCCCGCCGCCGCCGGAACCGGUCCAACAGGCAAAAGCCUUGGACAGCGCACCGUCGCAUAUUAAACACCUAUUGCAAUUGCAACAGCAGCUUCCAUACGCGAACUUUAUUCCUGAACCUUUUAGAUACGAAAACCUAUUGGCAGCCCAGCAGUCGAAUGAACAUCAACCUCGAUAUCAGUCGGAGUACCAGGAACAGGAGGCACCUGAACAAAGGCGUCCAGCUCCUAGAGGGAAAUCUCGCGGUCCGCCAAGACACAGACGACAGGCGCCGAAAGCCCCGGCUAAACCGCAACAGCAAUACCGUAAAGUUCCUCAGCCACCGGCUGAGCCUCAGUAUAGAUAUUCUCCAAAUCUACCGCCCCAGCUUCAAGAACUGUUGAAAUUUCAGGCACAAACCCCGUACAUCAAUUCGAUCCCUGAACCGCUCAGAUUCAACCCCGAACCAGCUGCGCGGAUGCAAUUAGAACAGAUUCGCAAUCACUAUGAAGAAUUAAUUAGACAGCAGCCAGCGACUCCCGUUGUUCACACGGUGAUACCGACAGUAUCGAGGCCCACUCCCGUUCGACGUCCACCAAAGGAACCAGCUCAUCCCAGAGAAAAGAGACAAGCACCGUAUCAGCAAGCGAAGCCUCAACCGCUGCCAGCCGAACCGGCACCCCAAUAUUCCACCAAUAUCCCCGGCCACCUUCAAAGUUUGUUGCAAUUCCAGGCGCAAAUUCCUUACAAUAUCAUCGCCAAUCAGAUCAAUUAUCGUCCCGAUAAACCGUACGUGCCUCAGCAAGCUAAGCAGACCGCGCCCACGCAGCAAGCCCAGUAUCAAAGUCAGCCGCAAUAUCAGAGUCAGCCUCAGUAUCAGGGACAGCCUCAGUCUCAAGGGCAGCCUCAGUAUCAAGGACAGCCACAGUACCAAGACGCGUAUCAAGGCCAACAGAGUGGCUACAGCCAAGCGUAUCAGCAGCAACAAACGCAGCCACAAUAUCCGCAGCAGGGACAGUCUCAACUCAUUCCCUACCAACAGCCUGGGGUUCGUCCUGUCACCGAAAAUCAAUAUUGAAGACGAUCAUUGAUCCUCGAUUCAUUCUCAAUUCGUCUGACGAGUUACGUUUCAGUAUUAGCCGUGCUGCCCAUUAUUUACGCCAUCGGUGAUGUGAAUAGUGAUCUUUUGGGACAAGAAUUUCAAGAUGCAGUCAAUGACCACGUCCGCGUGGAAAGACAGGUGUUGGGCCACCGUGGACAGAGUCAACCUCCACCACAGAUCCAGCAAUUGCUUCAGGCACAGAAUUACCGCGCACCUUUGGUGCCAGUCCCUCAACAACCCAUUCCAAAACUAAGCCCGGCUCAGCCACAACAGCCUCAGCAAGUACCACAGACGCAAGUUUCCCAGUAUCGUCCACAGGUUCAAUUUGCGUCGGGAGUACAGCAACCGGAUUAUAGAGGAUUCCCGGCAAACGGGGGACAGUAUAAGAAACCUAUCAUUCCUCAGCCGCCCCAAUAUCGGCCGCUUCCUCAGCAGCCUCAAUAUCGACCCCAGCCUCAGCAGCCUCAAUAUCGGCCCCAGCCUCAGCCCAACUACAAUGCUCAACCGCAGCCGCAAUACUCAUCAAAAUUACCGCCUCACAUUCAGCAAUUACUGCAGUACCAGAGCAGCUUGGGUAAUGCGAUCCCUCAAAAAGCGUAAAAGAAAGGGAAAAAAAGAUUUCCUUAUCACUGCCUGGUUAAUCGAAAUGUCCUGCUCAUUGACUAAAUAUUUUGAGACUGUAAUCUGUAUCAGUACAUAAAUUAGAAUUCCAUGUGAUUUAUACAUUUCGUUCAUAAUUUUAAUUUAUAUAUUCACUUAAUUGAGAAUACUUCGAAUCAAAUGAUUAAAAUAAACAAUCUUUCUCGUAUUAAGUCAACUUUGCGUUCACUGAUUUAAAAAUGUCAGGACAUUUCAGUUGAAAUAACACCGUAUUAAAUUAUAUCAUACAUUCUACAGUAGUAUUUAAUUUUACAUGUGCAUUUUGACUAAUUUUUACGUAAAUAUAAAUGGUACUUGAAACUCAUUUACUAUACAAUAAGAUGAAUUUGUGAUUCCAAUUACGUUAGAAAACAAAAUAUAAGAGAGAAGUACAAUUACAA